CAUGUAAGAGCGCUUCUCGCUGCAGAAUCCUCCAUCCCAUUCCAUCCUCCUUUACCCACUGAGCUCUUGCUGUGCCUCAUCAUGCGCUUCUUCCUUCCCUGCGCCCUUUUGGGGGCCGUCGUCGGCGCUUCUUCGGACAGCGUGCUCGAGGUGGACUUGGUAUUUCCACGCAACGAGACGUAUGCACCCACCGACCGGUUCCCUAUUGUCUUUGCUUUCCAGAACGCCAAGCUGGCAAAAUACCUCAAUCCGUAUAUCGAUUACACCAUCUGGAACUGGGCCAACCUGCCCGGGGACGACAACGUCGGCUGGUCGCAUGAUCUGAGGACCGUAAACUGGUCAUCCACCCACGAUCCCUAUUUCGCAUACAACUUCUUCUCCGAGCGCAGCUUGCCAGAGGGGCAUUGGAAGAUGGUGUGGUCUGUUAGCUGGCAGAGUUGCAACGAGACUGCCUUUUCGCAUCCGCUCGACAACAAGGGGAUGGUCUACAACUACACUACCCGGGGUAUCUCGUUCACCAUCAAGAAUUCUGCCCCCAAGGUAGAUCUCGUAUCUGCUACUGCGAAUACGGUCACCUGCUCCCCGGAAGGGCCUUCGGACUUGAAGGCAGGGGUCGCCAUUCCCAUCAACGUGACCGGGGAAACUAUGGAGGUUCCGUGGUGGGUAGAUUGGAGCGGCGGUGACACUUGCGCCGUGGUGGCGUCCUCUCUCCCCACGCCCACUGUGGACCCUUGCAGGGUCAAGGUAGACUCGGCGAUUGAGGCGAGCAUGUCUGCCUCCUUGACUGCCGAGCUGUGCAGGGGGCUUAACCCGCCACCUGACUGCCCGGAAGACGACGAGGGGGCGGCGCAGAAGCUGGUUGUUGUUGGGGUAUCCACCUUGUUGGCUGCAUUUGGGGUGCUAGCGGUUUUGCUUUCCUUGUGAUGGGGGUGCAUUGGGCUGGGAUUAAGUGGGGAUAGGGCUGGAAGUAGAGGCUAGACGGAGGCUGCGGCAGAUUCGGGAGACAGAUAUUGAAACUCUGGGACAUCAAGACUAGUAUUAAACUAUUACUAAAGGAAAUGUCCCGACUUCAAGCACAUCUCCGUAUAUCUCGCCAAUUUUCAAGUUCCCGGUGCAUACACUAGUACUCACUAAAGGCCAGUUCCC